AUGGACACAUUCAACGCAUUUGUGCACGACAGGCAGAUUCCCGAUCUGCAGAAGAUCAUCCUACUGCAAGACGCACUCUCAGGCAAGGCCUUCCACUGCGCGAAACACUUCAACCUCAGGGCGGAAAACUACGCACCGAUGAAACUACUCCUCGAGGAGCGUUUCGGCCAAACGAGCUUCGCCGAGGACGGCCACCUACGAGAGAUGGAACAGAUCCUGUCAAUACUCAGGAAACUGACUUACGAAUCACAGCGAAAAUUCAUAGAAUCAUCGAGGAAGCAGCCGCCAGCUCAGACGAGCAGCCUCGAAACGCUGCUUUCAUUCCUGAAGUCAGAAGCCCUAACCACAGAAGCACUCCGGGCGAAGCAAGGCACUCCCACGAAGCACUUCAAUCCCUCUCCGACGUCGUCCAGAAACUACACUUACACUCAGAGCGGCAGACAACCGCCCACCCGCCCAACACUCCUGAGAUCGCGAACUCAACCAAACUCAUACCAUUCGCCACUCAACAGGAUGGAAAACGUCUCGUACAAGACCAACACCAAUAAUUUUCACGUAGUAGCGUCGACAUCAAAUCUCCCUUUCCGAUCAGUCCCACCAACUCCCCCCAGGACUCAGGCGAUCCCGUGCAUCUUUUGCGAAGCCGAUCACGUGGCGUACAGAUGUACAGCCUCGCUCACGCUCCAAGAUCGCUCGGAAAGAGCGAAGUCAGCAGGGGCCUGCCUGAAAUGCCUCAAGUUGAAUCACAUGGCAAAAAACUGUCGGGAGGGUCCAAAGACCUACUGCCGCUACUGCAACUCGAGACACUACGCAAUCCUGUGCAGCAAAGCUCCAAUGAAUCUGAACGAUCUACCGACAAAGCACACCUCCAUCAACCUCAACGUGGACUCCGGAGAAAACCCGACAUUCUUGUGGACCGCCCACGUGGAGGCUGAAAGCAACAGCAAAUGCACCACGAUCUGCCGAAUCCUGAUCGACUCAGGGUCCGAAUCCUCCCACAUCACAGAAGCGUUGGCUUUGAAACUGAAAUCGAAACCAUCACAUCACGUGAAUAUGACGAUGUCCACCGCAGGUGGUCGAGUGGCGAAUAUUCAGAAUUGCGGGAUCCACAACGUGACCCUUAGAAGCAGAUUCGAACCCCAAAACUCAAUUCAGAUAGAGGGAAUCGAACUCAAGUGCAUAUCUAGAUCCAAAUUCCCCAUUCUGAGAGACUCGUUCGGCCUCUCCCCAGCAGCCGACCAUACGGAACACGGAGAGACAGAAUGGGUGGACAUCCUCCUCGGGGUUAAAAAUUUCACUAAGAUAGGUUUCGCCAACCCGCAAUCAUUCGGGGAAAUUUUCGCGUUCAAGUCUGUCUUCGGCUGGAUCAUCGGCGGCUCUGGGGGAGCAUCAACGCCUCAGAACACACUGCCACGAUUCUGCGGCUUCGCCGCGACUCAGCCAAGCAGUCCGCUGACCGGAGACCUCGGCUUGGAAGAAGAUCCGAUCGACGAGCAGAGGGAAGAAGAAGACAGUCUGAACCGAGCCCUAAUCGACAACUUCAAAAAAACAACAACAAGGGAUCCGUCGGGCCGGUACAUACUCAGACUCCCCUUCCAGGACAACAUUCGUUCAUUAGGCGACAACGAAAACCUCUCCAGGUCUAGGCUCCAAUCUUUCUUGAAAAAACUCUCAAAAAGCCCUGACAAACUCAAAGCCGUAGAUAAAGAGAUACAGAACUACGUCGAAGCAGGCUUCGCUGAAUUCGCCCGACCAAGGGAGCCGAAUCAGCUGGCCCACUACUUGCCGAUCCAUGCGGUCUUCAAGGCGAACCCAAAUUCCCCCGUGGGUUCGAAGACCCGGGUCGUAAAGGAUGCGAGCGCAAGGCGCUCAAACGAAGCAGGACUCAACGAUGUCCUCCAUCAGGGACCAAAUCUCUUGCCGAACAUCAUCAAAGUCCUCAUGAAAUUCCGGCAAUACAAAUUCGUCCUAACGGCCAACAUCGAGAAAGCCUUUCUACAAUUCAGAAUAGCAGAGGAAGAUCGGACAUUUCUCCGCUUACUCUGGCCGCUGGGCAUAUCCAGCAAUCCAGCCGCAAGGACGAGAGAAUUCUGGGCUUUAAGGUCGCACAUCCUGAACACCAAGAAUUCAUCCAAGAACUCAUCAACCACUUCUAUAUGGAUGAUAUCCCCUGCGGCAGCGACAGUUUCCAGGAAGCGAAACUACGAGAAAACUACUCUUCAGAAUCUUCAAGGACGCCGCAAUGCCGCUGAAGAACAAAGGCCAUCGAAGAACUUCGAUCCGGCACGCCUGCGAAAAGAAAACUCCUCAGGGCUAGCUCAGAUAUAUGAUCCCUUGGGGAUUCGGGGAGCAUCCACCAUCAACUCGAAGAUUUUGCUCCAAAAGCUCUGGAAAGCGAGCUUUGGCUAGGACAAACCUUUAGAGGGCGCCCACCUCACAGAGUUCGGGAACCUUAUCCAACUGCUGGUCAAAGCGAACAGCAUUUCUACCCCAAGACACUUGUUCUCCGCAGACUCAAACAAACCACGUCGAGAACUACACACCUUUUCAGACGCAAGCUUACUAUCCUACGGCUGCGUUGCCUACGUCAAAGAGAUAUUCAGCGAUAGUCCUCCCAGAGUCCACUUUGUCACGGCGAAAGCUAAAGUAUGCCCAGUGAGGCCUGUCUCCAUCCACAGAUUAGAGCUCCUAGGCGCGCUCCUCGCAGCCCGACUCGUCAGCAAUCUACUUAAAGUGAUCGAAAUAGGGUUCGACUCGACUCACCUCUACACAGACAACUCGAGCGUACUCGGCUGGGUCGGAAGAAAUGGAAUCUCGAUGCCAACAAAUAAGAAAAACAGCACCCUUCACCAAUGCAAAGCCCACAUGGGCGAGGACGGUCUCAUCCACUCCGAAUCAAGACUGAUCCUAUCAUCGAGAUUAACGACGAGCCAGAAAUACCCUCUAAUCCUGCCAUCAGACUGUAAUCUCUCGAAGCUCAUCGUUCAGGACAUCCACGAAAGGAAGUGCUUCCAUUCGGGAGGCGUAAACGCCAUCCUUCACAUCCUUCGGCAGGAUUUCCUUCUCAUACAUGCGCGCAGAAUCGCCCGAGUGGUCAUUAAUACCUGCCCCACCUGUAAGAUCUUCCACUGCGAGGCAGCCAGCCUCCCUCCCCUCCCGGCAUUCCGAGUCGAAAAGACACCUCCAUUCUUCCACUGCGGUGUCGAUUUCGCCGGACCAUUCCGGUACAAAAAGGAUAGCGGGGAAAUCGGAAAGAGCCAUAUCCAGCUUUGUACUUGCGCGGUCACCCGCGGGGUGAACCUCCACCUCUGCACCGACCUAUCUACGGUCGAGGUCUUAGGUGCCCUUCAGAAAUUCAUCAGCCGGUUCCCGAACGUCAGGACGAUCACUUCCGACAACGGCCUCUCGUUCCAAAGGGCAGCGAAGGAACUGAAACUCCUUUACGAAAGCAUCAAGGACGGAGGAGUGAAAAGAUGGCUAGCAGACUCGUUCAUCUCAUGGAAAUUCAUCACACCGUGCGCCCCAUGGUUCGGUGCGUUCUAUGAGCGCCAAGUUCAGACGAUAAAGAGGCCACUCCGGAAAAUACUCGGCUCCGCCAUUCCCCACUUCAGGGAUCUCGAGGUUUUCAAUUGCAACACCGAAGCGAUGCUUUACAAGCUUAUCCUCGAUCUCAGCCACGGAAACGGAUUCAGCCUCCCCGGGACUCCUGCGAAUUCGCCUCAACAGAUCGCGUUCGGCUUCGAAGGCGAUGUUCGUCUGUCCUUCGGUUCAUUCAGUAACGAGGCGGGGGUCCUCCAUAUUCAUGCGCUCCAAUGUAUCAACGUAGCGCGCUGCAUGCCAGGACAGCGGUACAACGUAACGGAGACACCGCGUAAGCUCCAUUUCCGCGGGAUCCACCCGGGCUCCCUCGCCCCUCAAAGCCUUCGACUCCCGACGAAAAGGGUCCUGCUCUAA